ACAUUGUUGAUAUAUACAUUAAGUUUCGUUUCUCUUUUUAGAUGGGGGAAUACUUGAGACCAGCGUGUGCGAUCCUCUUGCCACAUGCUGGCGGAUUUCUUUGCGGUUACCUGACACACAAAGAGCUAAAGACAUGGUUUAAGAAGUUGAAUGAACCAUCUUUCGCUCCUCCCGACUGGGUUUUCCCAUCCGCCACGUUCACAUCAUAUUGCUGUAUGGGGUAUGGAUCAUACUUGGUAUGGCGGGACUGUGGUGGUUUCGAAGGUGGUGGCGUUUUGCCACUAGCGAUCUAUGCAACUAGUCUUGCCCUCACAUGGACACACCCACCUCUUUUGUGCAAAACAAAGAAUUUAGGAUUAGGAGUGGUCUCAAUGUUGUCAGUAUUAGGAGCAAGAGUAGCCACUGCAGUGAUGUUCAAAAACGUGAAUUCUACAGCUGGUUAUCUCAUGUUGCCCGGUCUCGGCUUGGUGGGCUAUGCUACUUUUCUCAGCUACAGCAGGUGGAAAAACAACAGAACUAGGAGAGAUUGAGAAAGUGACUAACUAGCUGUAAGACAAAUAAGCGGACUUCAUUGAUUUGUUAACAGAACUGUGGAAGAUUAGUGUGCAGAAUUUACCUAAAACUAAUUUAAAAUUAGUUUAAUGAUAAGAAUUUCCGGAAAAGUUUUUAAUCUUCAUGCCAUGGGAGAGUACUUUACGCCUGUCAUUCACAAUUUUGUUUCAAGGGUUAUGUUUCUUACAUCAAUUAAACAUUAUACUGAUCUAUGUCCAUUGUCAAGGAAGCUCAGCAAUGUGCUGAACAAGUUUCGAGUUACACCAAACUGUGCUAGUAAAAUUCAUGCUAUUUUACAUUGUGCACUUGUUUUAAGAAUUGAGCUAAUGAAUCAGUACUUUUCAAGACAUUUGAGACGCUCAUCCUUCAACAGUCUUAUUAUUACUUCUAAAGUACCUGAAUGGCAGUGAAUGACACUAACAAAAACAAUUAUUGUUGAUUGCAUAAUUGACGCGUGUUAUAUGAAUCCUCUUAUAUACCUAUACAAAGCUACUUAAAACAUCAUGGUAAAAUUUAUGUUACAAGGAGCACGUCAUUCAAUUUUCCAAUAACUACUUGAAGUUUUUGUAUUUUAUGUACAGUUGUCUUUAUGUAGGAAAUAUAAUGGACUUUUGACAGCGGUUGACAAUAUCCUGACGGCAUGAUAAAAUGUACAAAGUAAUAUUUAUUUUUCCAAUAUCUAUAUUUACCUGCUUUGAUAAAACCAACCUACCCAGGUUAUCAAUACAUCCACUUGAUCCAAUCUUUUAUCUUUUUACUGUGUCGUUAUGAACGCGUUGCUAUAAAGGGAGAUAAUUGUUGUAAGUCAGUGGUUUAAAAUAUACAGCUAUCAAAGGUAUUAUCGUUCAAUUUUAUUGAAUAUGCUUUAAAAGGCUUUUGAACUUUGGCGACUGAAUAGAAUUUAUUCAGGGAUAGGACAUUUUAAUUCAUAGAGAAAGGUUAGUAGAAAUUUAUCUAACUACGCGAAUUAUGCUAGGUAUGUAGUGAAAGAAACAAAUAAAAAAUCAAGGACAUUUUUUUUUGUAAUUACAAGUUUGCAAACACAGUUGCCUUAAACAUGUUUAUCUGUUACAGUGUACAUUUAUAUAUGUGUUCGAUCCUAUGUAUCAAUGUGGAGUUCACUGAACACUGGUUAGGUUAUAAUAACUGAAGAAUUUAUAGCGGCUACCAACAACCAAUAUCAACAACUCAUAAAAAAUAAAGAUUUAUAGUGGGUUUUUUUUUUAGAUAUUGGUGAAUACCCCUGAUUGUUUAGUGUGUCAGGUAUUAAACACAUACAAGAAUUUCAAAUGUUAAGAAUGCAAGAAAUUUGAGAUGUAUGAACUGGGAUCGAACUCGCGAUUUCUAGUUUCGCAGUUAGGCGUCUUGCCACUUCAUAUUUUAGUCUGCAAAAUCUUUAGGAUUACUAACCGUUGUUGCUAGACUAGACUAAAUAGUUUGUAUAAUUGACGUACUGGAAAUUCUAGUGAUAUACGGAUAUGGAACUUAAUGAUAAGCACGAGUAAGGACAGUUUACUUUGAAGUAGACCGUCUGUCUGUCAAUACUUGGUAAUUAUAUUGAUUUUGCUGAUCAAUAAGACCUUUCAGACGACAUUAAUACAUAGUUGCAUGGAAGCUAAGAGGAUUGCCUUUCUUUUGAAACUUUGUACUUGGAGACUGUUGGCAUUUUCAACCGCAUUCAUUAUUAGUUACAUAAUAUACAUUACCACGAUACAAUAUCUAUUAAAUUUUGACUGAA